CCACCGAAGACCAUAGAUUACUACUAAGUAACUUUACCAAAAGUAAUUAAUAACUUACAUAUAUUAGAGAUCACUCAUAUCACGUGAGAGGACCAUUACAAAUCAGUUGAUCCACUUAUUUAUUUAUUUAUUUUCCACUAGUCAUUAUCAUAACACAUCCCCUUGAAUUAUAAUUGCUGGGGUACUAUGAUGAGAGUAAUACCAAGAUUGAGUCGUAGUAGAGUAUGCUUGGGAAAUCACCAAGCUAUAAGAUGUUUCAGCCAAACAUCCUUACUCCUUAAGGAUGAGAAGUCUAAGCAAGUACUAAAAAGCUUAGGACUCUCCUUACAAAAGGGUAAUCUUAAGCCAUCAGAAGAAUCCAGUGAAUCCGAAGCAAAUGCUCAGGAUCACGAACAACAAAAGGAAGCAAUAGAACAGUCUUCGGCCUCAUCAUCAUCUCAACAACAAAAUCAUACUGAAACUGUAUCGCAAACCACAACAUCCGAAGCAUCGAGUCCCUUAACUACCACUACAGCAUCUUCUCCAACAUCAACGACUACUAGCACGACCACCACCACCACUAAUACAACUAAUAUUGAUCCUCUACCAACUAAUUCUAAUGACGAAACUAAUGAACACUCCGUGUCAAGGACACCUUCUUUAUUCAAUUCAAGUAAAACUGAACCAUAUAAUGAUACCAACAAUCUGGCAGAAGAUUUAAUGAAUCAAGCAUAUGAUACAAUCUCUCAUAUGUCAGCUGAUGAUGUAAUAAUUCAAGUCAAUUUUGAUGGUGGUAGACUGUUAUUUUCAUUUGAUUCUGAACAUUAUUUAAAUCGUAAAGAGAUUAUAAGGAGUCUACCUGAAGAAAUUGAUCUUUUUAAUCCAGAAGAUAUGAAACGAAUUGAUGAAAUAUAUGAUAAAUUGCAUGCUUUAGACACGGAUAAAACCGUUCAAGCCAAAUAUUAUAAAAGAUAUUUGAGAAAAUAUAAUGAUCCAAUAGUUAAUUUAUUACAAGAAUUUAAUGGGAUUUCAAAAAAAUUUAAAUUAUUAAGAAGAAAAGAAAUUGAUAGUUUACAUUUAUCUCCUGGAGCUUAUGUAUAUCAUGAGAAUUUAUUUAAAUCACCUUAUAAUGUUGUAGGAUUUGAUAGAAGUAUAAGUGGUUUACCAUUAAGAAGUGGGAAACAUGAAUUAACUGAAAGAUGUUAUCCUCAAGAAUUUAUUGAAGAUUUACAAAUGUAUAGGGAUAAAGUUCCAAUUCAAAAACGUGAUCUUGAUUUUAUUGAAUUAGAUGAUGAAUCAACUAAUAUUGAUCCAAAGACAACCACUAAAUUUAAUCAAAAUAAACAUACAAAUCAAGAUGAUAAAUCAUUUAAGAGUAAAGCUGAAAAAAUAGAUCAACUUUUAGAUGGAUUUACUGAUACUUUUGAUAAACCAUUCAUUUUAAUUCCCAAAGUUGAUAAUUACGAGACACUUGAUUUACGUAAUGAUAUUACCAAGAGAGUUGAAUCAGAAAUAUUAUUACUUAAAAAGACUUUACAAAUAGAAAUUGAAAAUUUCUUUAAAUCUAAUUUAAAUUCUCGUUUAUUCUUAGGUAACCAACCUUUAAAAUCAAAUCAAUUUCGUUUAUGUGAUGCUGAUUCUCAUAGAUCUAAGAAUAAUUCUCAAUUAUACAUUAUAAACUAUAGUUUUAAAGAUUUUCCUAUGAUUCCUAAUUAUUCAAUUGUUUUAAAUUCAAGAAAACAAAGAAAUCAAUUAAGAAAUCACUUGUAUAAGUUAUUCUUAAUCAAUUUAGAAGAUCAAAUUGAUACUUUAUUUAAAAUUAAAUAUCUUGAUGAAUCGGCCAUGAAGAAAUUUAUGGAUAAAAUGUUGAAUACUAUAGGAAAUAUAAUUUGUAUAAGAUUAUUGAAAUUAUUUAAACCAAUUUCACCUGUAUUUGAUGAUCAUAAUGCAUUAAUAUAUUCUCCAUAUUUGAAUAAUUCACUUUCAUUCAAGAGAUUAUACUUCUUAGAUGAUAGAAGGAAACCAUUAAAGAUCAAGUCAAAUAGAAACAAUCGUAAUGACUCUAAAAAGGCAUUAAGAAUUGAUUAUAAACCAUUUGAUAACUUGAUUGAAUAUUAAUAUUAAUAUUAAUUACGAUGUUAACUACGAUGUUCGCAUUCCCCUUCUCAUUAUGGAAUGGUAAUGUUAUGCUUGUAUUUGUUAAGAGAUUUGCAUUUUAAACUAUUUAUACAAUAAACAUUAUUUUAUAAUCAUUCUUCAACUAUAGGAAUAGUACAGUAAGUAUAGUAGAACUAUAACUAUAACUAUAACUAUUACUAUUACUAUUACUAUAGUGUAAUUGUAGUGCUAAUGUAGUGUGACAGUAGUAGUACUAGAAUGUCGUGUGCGGC